AAGCAGAAGAGAAUAUAAGUCCGAAGACAUACCCGACUCCACGGAGGAAUGAAGAGCAUGUGGCAUUUCCCGCCUCGUACCGUCCAGAUUGUCGCGGCGAUUUACAAAAUAUGCCGUGUAGCCGAAUUUGCAGGACCGCGAAACAUCCAGCCUGUUGUUACUUAACCCUGCCGUUGCUGUUGGAGUCUUUGUCCUCGAUAUCGCUCUUACACAUUCCGCACAAAGACCUUUUCCGGCAACCAACUGCACAUGCCUCUGGUGAUACUGGAGCUACACAUUGGCUUGUGGUUAUCAAAGAAGAGGUGAGACAAGGCCGACCUGACCAUCACUUUCGGAUGACGUUGUGUGCUUGGCUCCAUGAAUGCUGUUGGUUGGAGCUGGUUGGCCCAUGACGUGCCGGUAAAGAAAGGGUCUGCAGUUUACCGCCUUUGAUGUAGAAGUACAGUCAUGCCAAACAAACAUUGAAUGGCGGAAAGAACAAAGAAGGUGUGAAGUGAGGCUGAGCACGUGCCAGCUCAGAGAUGUCUUCUUCCAAGGUGCGUGUCGG